ACUCCACACUCAACUGCUGUUCGACCACUCUAUCUCCGCUCUCGCAGGAAUAGUCUGCGACGACCCCCAAGGCCCACGUUCUCCUCUGCUGACUCCUCCUCAAGGCUCCAACACAUCCACUUCGAGAACUUCCGACCUUAUCGAUAUCCAACCUUUAUUGCCUGCGGCCUUGGCCGAGUGUAUCGAGUUCAAGCCACCCCAUGUUUUGACCUUCCUCUUCGGGACAAGAGUACGUCCGGACAAAGAAAUACAUCAUUUCGUUGUGAGGGAGGUAUAUCGCCAGCAAUGUCGCGACUCCUCUUGUCCGCCUUCAGCAUCACUCGACCAAAGCAUGCGACCAGCUGUCACCCCAUCCAAGAAUGUUAUUCCCCAUCGACUCACUGCCCACAGGCCCGCCUGUCAAAACCAAGCAGGCAUUGAUCCUGCUCGACUUGCAGAAUGAUUUUGUCAGCCUCGAUGGGAAGAUGCCCGUGGCCAAUGUUCUCCCGUUCCUGCCAAACUUGAUCCCGCUCGUCGCAGACUUUCGUGAGAAGGGAGAAGUCAUCUGGGUCGGAACAGAAUACAAGCAGCCGCGGUCUGAUAUCUCUCCUGUCACGGGCUCCCAUUCAAUCCUACUCAAACACAACCUCAAAGAGCAGAACGGUGAAUACGAAGAGAAUCAGUGUCUUGGUGACCCUGAUAACACACGCUCACCCUCCGAAGAUCCCCUAGCUCCGUCGAAAGAGCCCGAUGUCAUGCAUGAUCGUGAAGCAUUCCUUGCUCCGGUCUUGACCACGACUAGGUACAGAUGCUGUAUACCAGGUUCGGUUGGCAUUGAAUAUCCAGACGCCAUAAAUGCCGCCAUGGAUUCACAACGGGAUCUGGUCAUGCUCAAAUCACACUACUCAGCUUUUGUCGACACCUCUCUGCUCAUGCACCUCAGGACAAGACUCAUCACCGAACUCUACAUCUGCGGCUCAUUAUCGAACAUUGCGGUCUACGCUACUGUUCUUGACGCGGUCUGUCAUGGCCUACAGGUCACUAUCAUCGAGGAUUGUCUUGGGUAUAAUGAUGCAUCGUGUCAUGUCGAGGCCGUGCGUCAAAUGGCCGACGAUAUGGGUGCGAAGGGCAUCGACUCUCAGGAACUUCGAGAUGAUCUUGCCGGUCUACUGGGUGAUGUCAUUCGUGAGGAGGAUUUUACCACGAAGUUUGAAGUGAGCCUACCAACACCCACCAGCAGGUCGAAAUCACAUACCUCUAGAAACCGUGUUCAUGACUGGGUAUCCAAGCUAGAUAACGGAGACUCUGGUGCCGCGGAUCUUGCAAAAGGCCGGAACCCGUCGAAAAGCGGUGGAGCUACUGUCAAUCGGGAGGAUUCGAAGACGACUAGUGACUCAUCGGCAAAGUCAACCGAAACCACUUUGGACGAUCGCAGUACUUCUCGAAAGAGGUCAACUAGCGACCUUGAACCUCUGGGGGAAGAUCGCAUUUCCAAAUUACCCCACAAGCCAUCCUCGCGCCGUAGCUCGGAUCAUAACAACCCAGAGCAGUCAAAACGGAAGCAGAACAGCCCCACAGCCCGACAACGCCGGCCUCCUUUCGAAACCUCGACUCGUUCUGCCACUACUGGCACAAUCAAAGCAAUGACGCAGAUGCCAGUAGUCGAGGAUGCCUCCGCUUCGAAUGACAUAGUUUCUGAAGACGGGCAAUCAUCUGCAGGAGCUGACCUAGCCACAAACGUGCAAAGACAGCGAAAGGCACCCAAGAAGAACAAGAAAGUCGGUCUGAAUGUUCUUGGGCCCAACGACGAGAUUGGGCAGGGGAAUUCUCAUGUGUACCUGAAGCUGCUCGACGCAAGUGACGCCGAGAGGGCUUUUCACUCUUGCAAAAAAUCCAUCAAAUGGCAGAAAAUGUUCCACAAGUCUGGUGAAGUGCCACGCUUAGUGGCAGUUCAAGGCGACAUCUCCAAGGCCGACUCCCAGGUACCUAUCUACAGACAUCCGGCUGAUGAGUCUCCCGAGUUGCUUCCAUUCGACUCUAUCGUGGGCAUGCUACGAGAAGCUGCCGAAAGAGCAGUGGGCCAUCGACUGAACCACGCCCUGGUCCAAAUGUAUCGCAGCAGCGAGGACAACAUCUCAGAACACUCCGACAAGACACUGGACAUUGUUCGUGGCUCCAGUAUUGUGAACCUGAGUCUAGGUGCUCAGAGAACAAUGAUUCUUAGGAUGAAAAAAUCAGCCACGUCAGCUGCAGCCAGUGAAGCUGACGCCAACGAGACAAGACCUUCACAACGCAUACACCUUCCGCACAACUCACUCUUCAUCCUAGGCCAGGAGACGAAUCAGCACUGGCUGCAUUCCAUUCGAGCAGACAAGCGACCUGCUUUUGAAAAGGACCCUGCCGAACUAGCAUUCGAUGGAGAAAGGAUUAGUUUGACUUUCCGGUACAUCGGCACGUUCAUCGAUCCUGCUGAGAAGACUAUUUGGGGUCAAGGCGCGACAAGCAAGCAGAGAACGGCAGCACAGAAACUCCUGGACGGACCUGAAGCCGAGAAGCAAGGUGAAGAGAUGAUUAGAGCGUUUGGUCAAGAGAAUCACCGCAGCUCGGACUGGAAUUGGGACGAAUGGUACGGAAAAGGGUUUGAUGUCGUCAACUUUGAGACCAAGACUGUAGAGGUCAGAUCGGAAGAGUUGACAUCGGCCGCGGUGGGAUGAGCAUAGGUUAUCGGCUGGCUUCUUGCACCAUCAUUACUUCAGCAUUCACAGUGGAAGUUGCGAGUAAUGAAUUGGAACUCCUGCCCAUCACGUCCAUUAUAUUGGAUUUUCAGGACUUCGUGGACACAACCACGUCGGGUUCCGAGGUCGCCGAUCUGCAGAUCACCUGCUGGGGAAGACUCGUCAGAGAGGGAACGUCAUGAGUGGAACUUGUGGCCCUCUGUUAGAUGGCUUCGACAUCUCCUAUGAGACGAGUUGCGUAUA